AGCUGAUCUAAUUCAGCUCCAAAGAAUAAAAUAAGAGUUCUGUACUUUAUACGCUUAAUUUUAGUAGUAUCUCGAAAUUUCGGAAAACAUAUUUGUCGCGAUUUAGUUAAAUGUAUUCGUUUGUUUCUCAUACAUAAAUUCAAUGAAGUGAUUGUGUGUGAAGUGUGCAAUAAAAUUGGCAAUUGUUGUUCGAGUCGUAGCAUUUUACGUACUUUGAAUAAAAAUGAAAGCCGCAGCGAUGUCGGUGUGGGUUUUCAUAAAUCUCCUUUGCUUUGGAAUGUGCGGAUAUUUGUAUCUCAUUUGGUCGCAGUACUGGAUGUACAUUGAGAAGCAGCGGUUGUUUACUAAAACACCGAGCAACGAACCUAAAGUUAGAGCAUCAGUGUUAAGCUUUAUAGCUGCGUUUCCUGAAAAUCAAUUUUCAAAAUCUCUCACUAACUCGACAAUUUACAACGAUUCUGCUCGUAAAAAACGAAGGUCAGCUGUCGGGGCAGUGUGGAGCAGUGGCGUACUUCAAUCUGCCAGCAAAUUGUCUUCAUCUCAAACGUCGAUUAACAUCGUAAGAAAAAGCCAAGGGAGCCCUAGAUUUCCGAACAUCCACAAACCUUUGUUAGAAUUUGACACAGAUAAAUACAUAUGCGAUGAUUUCACUUCUAUAGAAUGCGAAACUCGUACAAGAGAAUUUAAAGAAUUGUUAUUAAAAGAAUUUCAUAGAGUUUUAAUGGGAGAGAGUAAAGUAUUUCGAUCGGGUUUGGAUAUGCACAAUACUUACGAUGUAAAAUACAAAAGUGGCCCCAAGAAUGCGUUAUCAAAACACGACGUGAUGUGUGCGUUAAAGCGCAUAAAAGUGAAUACGGUGACCAAGAGAGAUGAACCUUUUGCACGCUACGAUUUUCAAAUUCCUGAGGGUCCCCUUCAAGACGGUACAUUUUAUAAUACUUGCGCUGUCGUCAGCAGUGCAGGAGCUCUGCUUGGAUCAAGAUUGGGUGAUUUCAUAGAUUCACAUGAUAUGGUGUUAAGAUUUAACAAUGCUCCGACUGAUAAUUAUACAGACGACGUCGGAUCAAAGACAACAUUCCGUAUCUUAAAUUCUCAGGUUGUAUCGAAACCUGAAUAUAAAUUUCUAGAAGAUCCAUUAUAUAAAGGCGUUUCCAUAAUAAUCUGGGAUCCGGCGAACUAUUCGUCUACGCUAGAAGAGUGGUAUAAUCAUCCUGAUUUCCCGUUGUUUCCUGUUUAUAAGAAAUUUCUUGAGGAGACGCCAAAUGCGGAUGCGCAUUUAUUAAAUCCGCAGGUAUUAUGGUCCCUAUGGGCGGUCCUUCAAAACGUAUCGCCUUAUCGCUUACGAAGAAAUCCACCAUCUUCAGGUUUUAUUGGUUUGUGGUUUUCCCUGAAUCGUUGUCGCAGAGUUCGCGUUUUCGAAUAUGUACCGUCAACACGUGCGAGUCGCCGGUGUCAUUACUAUGCACAUCGCGAUGACGUCGCGUGUACAUUCGGGGCCUGGCAUCCUUUGGCGCAAGAGAAGGCUUUGGCUGAAACCCUAAGGGAUAAUUCGGAUAUCGACACCUUUCAACGAGGUUUCAUUGACAUUACCGGACUAGCUACAAUACAAUGUUGAGCUGUCUUUAAUUGAGCGUUGAUUAUGCAGAAAAAUGGCUUUAUACCGACCAACGCUUCUGGUUGUCGUGUCAAUAUAGGACAAUUUAGGAAAUCAGUUUUGUUGACGAAAAAAUUACAUAUUAUGCAUAAUACUAUAUUAAAUAACGAGCUCAAACAAUGAUUGAAAAAUAACUAAAAAUAUAUAGAACCUAACAACGUAUUUGUUAUGAAUAAAUAAAAAUUAAGGGAAAAGAGUUACGCAAACUGCCGAAAUAAAUUUAAUUGAAUGCGAUAAUAUUUUUUUUUUUUUUUUUUUUUUUUUUUUAUUGCCCUUGUAGGCAGACGAGCAUACGGCCCACCUGAUGGUGAGUGGUUACCGUCGCCCAUGGACUUCAGCAAUGCCAGGGGCAGAGCCAAGCCGCUGCCUACCGCUUAAUACUCUCCACAAGCCUCGUUUGAAGAAGGACAUGUCAUAGCGCUCGGGAAACACCGUGGAGGGGAGCUCAUUCCAUAGCCGGAUGGUACGUGGCAAAAAAGACCUCUGGAAACGCACUGUGGAUGACCGCAGUGGCUCCAGGUAGUAUGGAUGAACUCUACUCCGGUGGCGGGCGGUGCGAUGGUAAAAACGAGAUGCCGGUAUCAUCUCGAACAAUUCCUCAGAGCACUCCCCAUGGAACAUACGGUACAAAAUACAGAGGGAACCGAAGUCCCUCCGCAGACCCAGAGGUUCCAAACGAUCCGUGAGACCGGGAUUAUCGACAAUCCGAACGGCCCUCCUCUGUAUGGAGUCAAAUGGAAGAAGCUGGUAUUUGGGAGCCCCGGCCCAGAGAUGGGAGCAGUACUCCACGCGAGGCCGGACUUGUGCUUUAUAAAGCAAAAGCCUUUGUCCAGGCGUGAAGUACCGCUUCGCUCUGUUGAGGACUCCCAGCAUUUUGGACGCCAACUUGGCUUUGCCUUCCAAAUGACUCCGAAACUGGACAUCGCUCGAAAUGUCGACCCCAAGUAUCCCAAUACUCUCGGAAGGUUGCAGGGAUACUCCUUGGAAUUGCGGCGCCAUGACAAAGGGGUCCUUCUUCGCAGUGAACGCGCAAACUUGUGUCUUUAACGGGUUGAAUUGAACCAAGUUCAAUUCACCCCAUUUGGAGACUCGCCCCAGAGAGUUCUCCACUUCAGACACAAGUUUUGAUCGUCUCUCUUGCACCACGCUCCGAGAGAGACUCUGAUGGCCGAUAUAUCGCGCAUCCCCCGUGCUGUCAUCCGCAUAGCAAUGCAUGCCAUCAAUAGACAGCAUGUCAUUGAUAUACAGGAUGAAAAGCGUGGGGGAGAGCACCGAACCUUGUGGAACGCCAGCGUUAAUGGUCAUGGUAUCAGAACAGUCACCGUCUACAACGACCGUGAUGCUCCGCCCAUCCAAAAAGCUAGCGAUCCACUUGCAGAGACCCUCGGGGAUUCCGUAAGAUGGUAGCUUCGACAGAAGUGCCCUAUGCCAGACCCUGUCGAAGGCCUUCGCGAUAUCAAGGCUCACAGCAAGAGCCUCGCCCUUGCUCUCCAAGGCUUCAGCCCACCUGUGAGUAAGGUAUACAAGAAGAUCGCCAGCUGAGCGACCGUGACGGAAACCGUACUGUCGGUCACUGAUCAGCUGGCGAUCCUCCAGAUACUUCAGGAGUUGUAUAUUAAUUAUUCGCUCCAUCACCUUGGAAAGCAAGGAAGUUAUCGCGAUAGGCCUAUAGCUCGAUGGGUCCGACCGGUCACCCUUCUUGGGGAUAGGGUGGACGUGGGCAGUCUUCCAUGAAGACGGAACCCUGUUAGCGCAAUAAGAGAUGCGAUACAAACGCGUUAGCGCAGGCGUCAGCUCAGGGGCGCACGUUUUCAGAACCACUGCAGGGAUGCCGUCUGGCCCGCUCGACUAAUGGACGUCCAGGAGUCGGAGUUCCCGCCUGACUGCACACUGUGUAAAGCAGAUCUCCGGCAGGGAACUAUCACACCGGAGGAUGUUCGGUGGUGUGGCACCCCCGUCGUCCACAGUCGAGUUCGAGGCGAAGAGUUUGACCAGAAGGUCAGCCUUCUCUUUCGCACUAUGGGCCAGACUGUCAUCGGACUUGCGUAGUGGUGGGAGACUAGACCUGCAAAAGUUACCUUCUGCAGCUUUGGCGAGCGACCAAAAAGCACGGCUCCCAGAGGGAUAGCUCUUCAGUCGCUCGCCAAUUCUAGCAACGUGCUCCGAUUUCGCCCUGGCAAUAACCUUCUUGUAGGACCUGGAAGCGGCGUUAUAUUUCCGCCUUUCCUCUGAGAUGUUAGGAUCCCGACGUCUCCUAGCAUCAUCCCAUGCCACGUAUGCGGACCGCUUGAGGUGUGCAGCAUCCCUGCUGGCAUUGUUAUACCAGGGUCUGCUGCGACCCCCAACGGGCACUUCAGAGGAGGGAAUAAACAAUUCCAUCCCCUGGAGCACCACGUCUUUAAGACGGUCCGCACAGACGUCAGGAUCAGCAGAGGAAAAGCAGAACCGCCCCCAUGGGUAGGAUGCGUAAAACUCACGCAAACCAUCCCAAUCUGCUGACAAAUACUGCCAAACUCUUCGAUACCUGGUCGUCGUUCGACGACUAGGACGAGAGAGUGGUGUGGCAGCACGGAUAAGGCAGUGAUCAGACGAUCCAAGUGGAGCGUCGACCACCACACUGUAUCCGGCUGGAUCGGUGGUCAGCAGAAGGUCCAACAGAGAAGGCUCAUGCCCCUCAAUAUCUGGGACACGGGUGGGCUGUGUCACCAGCUGGGAGAGGCCGUAGGCCAAGGCGAAAUCGUAGGCAGCCCGACCCGGGAGGUCAGUGGUUCUGGACCCCAACCACUCUUGGUGAUGAGCGUUAAAGUCUCCAAGAACCACCACCUCCGCAGAUGGGUACUGCUCAAGCACGCGGUUAGUCCCCUCUUGCACAUGCUCUAUCAGAGCUGAACCUGCAUCACUGCUGUGGGACCUGUACAGGCACGCGUAGACUCGGGUACAGCCCCCGUGAUCUACGCGCAGCCACAAGAGGGACAGGUCCCGUUGUUCGAGGCUUCGUAGACGGCGACAACAGACAUCAGCCCGGACGAAUACACACACCCCGGCUUUACGCAGGAAGUUGUGCUCCAAUACGUAGCCGGGGUAUUCAAGGUACGAAGUAUCAUCCGGAGCAGAUAUCUGCGUCUCCGUCAGAAAAAGAAGGGCAGGCUGCGCCGUCUCAAGAUGGUGGUGUACGGCGUCGAGGUUACUAUGUAGACCCCUUACAUUGCUGAAAUCCACAUUAAAUGUGGAAUGGGGAGUCGCCGACAAAACCCUUUUCCUUUUUCGAACUUUCAUUUUUUUUAUUUGGAGAGUGGGAUUGGGCGGGGUAGGAUGUUCGAGGCGAAAUCGUGACAAUACCUGAAUAAAGCGCGGAGCACAGUACGUGCUCGACCACGGGUUGCGUGAGCGACUGACGCAGGGCAUGGAAGGGCCCCCAGUCCACCCUGCGUGCGAUCGCCGGGAUCCACUCCGGUCUCCGACUCCGGCACGACGACCGCACGACAGGAUUUUACACCGGUUGGCGGGACAGCUUCCCGGGGCGGAGUUUAGUAGUGACACCCGGGUUCAGGUCCCCAACUGACCGGCGGGCGGCGGCGAACACCGUUUCACUGGGUCUCCCUAUACCCCCGUCAAACAAUCACGUCCCGCGAGCUCACACGCACGUCUGCUCCGCAUGUUCCAGGUAUCGCCAAGAUUCACCCCCAACAAGGAAGAGGAAAGGGAAGGAAUAACACUGGCUCUCCAACCCACACGCCGGAACACAGCUAGGCUAUUUGGCGGCGGACUCUAGUUGGAGGGUGGUCGCCAGCCAGUCGGACAAGUCCUACCACCGAUUAUGUAUUCGGCUCCCGUUUUGCACCACCCAGGGGUCACUUGUAGGGAAUCGCGGGUUAAACCUACGGAAGC